AUGGCACAAGCUUGUCAGAAGUGCAAGAAGGAUAUCACGGACGAAGCAGCAGAGUGCUACCGCUGCGACGUCAAGUAUUGCUCCAAGAGCUGCCAGAAUCUUCACUGGAAGAAAAGUCAUGCGCUCGGACUCGCACCGCCAAUCCCUCUGAGCCACCUAACUUGGAACCCAUCGAGGCCGACCCCAAGCCGCGGUCUGGAGGCGCCUAUCAUGAAUGCUUUCACGAAUCUGGAGAAGCGCACCUUCCUGCACAACCGCCCCGAGAAGGACGUCUACAAGAUCCUCAUCGACUGCUAUCGCCUUCGCAUGGAAGAUGACGCCAAGAUCGUCGGUAUCAUGGAGCCAGACUCCAUCUACGCAUCUCGGUCCAGCGACGGGAAAGCCGGAUUUCGACGCUUCUUGGAAACGGCAAGGAGAUCGGUCAACGGAAAGCUCUUGCCGCCUUGGUGGAAUGAUGAGAAGCAACAAGAGUGCGAGGUCAUGGCUGCUGAUGUGAGUGGGUGGUCGAGCCUGAAGACCAAGCUUAGCAAGGCAGACGUCAUCCAGCACUAUGGCGACGACCACUUCCCGAUGCAGCUGCGCAUGCUUGGGGAGUUCGUUUGGGGAUCGGCGCCUGGCGGACAGGAUGGUACUCAGAUGAGACGCAUGUUGGCAUCGCGGGAGACAAGUACUGCCGGUCCAGGUUUCGUGGAUGUAUCGCACAUUGACAGCACUACUGGAACCGGGUAUAGCUCGGCCUUCAAUUGA